UUUCGAAGGAGGUAAAGGUUUUGAAGACUGAGUUUGUUGACAUGAAACAAGAAAUGCAAGGAGAAUGUUCUAGAGGUCAAUUUCUACCGGAAUCCUGUGUGCCUGAUAAAAUACCUCAUUUCGUUGGUCGUGAAGCCGAAUGCAAUGCAAUUGUGGAUCAUUUAACCAAUGGGACCACUCGACUUGUUGAUGUCUGGGGAUCUCCAGGAUUUGGAAAGACGUCUGUGGCCAUUAACGUGGCACAUUACCUACGAGAGAUGAAGCAUAUUCCAGUGUACUUUACUUCCUGCGUGGAAUGGAAAGUAAAGAUGACCUGGUUUCAAGGUUGCUCUGCAUAUUCUCGGACGCAAAUCAGGUGCCGCAUAUUUCACCCGCUGAUUGUCUUUUUCGGUGUUUGCGACGAUUUCAAGAUCCAUUUGUCUUAAUCUUAGACAAUGCGGAUGAUCUGUUAGAAUCUGGAGAUGUCACAAUUAAAGACCGAGUUAUGACGUUCAUCACCGAGAUUGUUGCCCAAUGCAAUCAUUUGAAGCUUAUUAUCACUUCGCGUGAGUCCCUUGACUCUUUGAACCUGAAGCUUCCUAUGCAUCAGGAGAAAAUUUGUGGACUGGAUGAGAUUGCUUCAGGUGCACUGGUAAGGCUUCUUAUACCGAUUGUUUCUGACGGUGACUGCAAUGGAGUAGUAAAGAUAUGCGAACGAGUCCCUCUAGCCAUACGAUUAAUGUGUAUUACGAUGACCGAAGAAAAUGUUUCGGUCAGGGAAUUCCUAAAAGAACUAGAGGUUUCACCUCUGGUUGAGGUUUUGGACAAUGAACAUUAUUCCGAUGAUGCUCGAUUGAAAGUCAUUAUCGAAAAAUCACUUAAAAGACUCACACCCAUCGAGAAAGAUGCGUUCGUUUCCUUAGCUGUUUUCCCAAGUUACUUUUCAUUGAAGGAAGCCUUGGAAGUGUUAGAUUUACCAACCGAAAUGAAAGCCAAGAGAGUUUUUCGUUCAUUGGAAAGAAAGGCAUUAAUAGAUUCCACAGACAGCUUUAGUCGCUUUACUAUGCAUUCUAUUCUCCGCUCUUUUGUCGAAGAGCAAAGAACCCACCGCAGAGAGAUUGAUACUGUAUUUUCUGCAACACAAUUCCGGUUCUAUGACUAUUACAUUUCCCUAUUCGGUAUCGCUAAUGAAAAAUUCCUAACAGGCAAUUCUAGCGAAGCGUUCGAAGAAUUUUUUGAUCGGCGGGAGAGCAUUAUGUUAUCGCUUACUAAUGGAACAACAGAAGACAAGCUCUACUCAAAGGUGGUGGAUAUACUGUCUAAGUCAGAGCUGUUUCUUUACGGUUUGCUAACAGAAGACAAAUGCAACUUUUGUAACCUCUACAAUUCCGCGUUGAUGGAAGCAAGGAAAAGACAAAACGUUGACGAUGAAUGCAAACUUUUAGGUGCAAAAGCCUUCGGAUACUGGGGAUGGUUCUCCUCAGAACAAAACCCAGAUCAAACGUGGGAAGAUACACUGCAGGAACUCUGUAUCCGCACUGAUUGUCCAAUGAAGUUAAGAUGUUACCAAGGAGUUCACCAGGCACUCUGUGGCUUCGUGGACGAAGGAAUAUCGUUACUUACUGAAUGUGUGUUUUUGUUAGGCGAUGGUUGUGACGAAGUGGUUCUCAAACAAUUGGUUUAUGGUGUUCUUUCAGAAUUACACAGCAAACGACAAGACACCGGAAUGAAUUCAUAUUAUGACUACCUCGCUAGUAGUUCAGGGUUUAAUACAAAAAGUGGGAUUUUAUGCCUUGGAGACCUGCUGGAUGACACUUCAGUUAAUUUUACAUUCUUACACCAUUUUCCCUUCAUUGUGGUUCUUGUGAGGUUAUUAUUUUUUUUUGACGAUGAAAUUAGGCAAUUAAGGAGACCGAUAGAGUCAGAAAUUUUUUUAAUUGAAAACCACAUGACCAAAGUUAUUGACUCCCUUUCAUAA